GGACCGAUCUAGUAGUCGGUUCCGAUUAGCCAUGUUCUAAUCUAGGGUACGCCUUUCCCCUCUCUCGCUCUCUCGCUCUCUCUUCCUCCAAUCCCCAACCAUUUCACCCUUCUUGUUUGGUUUCUCAGUGCUCACCGCCUCACCCACCCAGCCUCUACCAUCAUCUUCUAUCUGCUUCUCGCUGCUCACCCAGCACCACCAGCGUCUGCUGUCUUCGCCGCCGCGAACUCCAUCGCCGCUUCCAUCUUCACUCGGUCCAUGAACACCCCUAACUUACACCACUAGGACCACGACUCGCCUUUUGCCGCCUUCGAUUCUGCCUGCUGCUCUUCUGCCCUGUGCUAUCCGGUUCUGCCCUAAUUUCCACCUUCUUCUAGGAUACAUGGAGGAUUCAGAGCAAAGAAAGAAAAGGUUGAAAGAAAUGCGCAUGCAGGCUGAUCAAGCUGAAGUUUCUGGUGGUGUUGAAGGUUCUGGGAUCCCAGGUCAUCUCUCAAACCCCUUGAUUGAAACUUCUUCGACUAGUCGCUCACAGGAUAGAUCAUCCGCUGCACCAAGAUUUGACUUUUAUACAGAUCCAAUGAAUGCAUUCUCUUCUAACAGAAUGAACAACCCCCGUAUGCAGUCUGCACCAGAUUAUUUUCCUCUGGCCAAUUUUGCCAGGUCUCCUGCAGUACAAGAUCCAGGAUCAACAAAUCUGUAUAUGGCUGCCUUUGCCACUCAAGCAUCACCAACACCCUAUCGAAACCCAGGUUGGAGUGAACCAAGAGGCCAUACUCAUUAUAACUUACCAUUCCGUUCAGCAAGUGGUAGUACUUAUCCUAAUCCUAGAUUCGAACCACCAGGUGGUCCAUCAUGUUUUGCUGGACAAGGCAUAAUUCCCCAUCCGAGCCAUAGUUUGAACCCUUCUCCAGGAUACAGGAAUAGUCCAACUCCCAAUCGAGGGAGAGGCAGGGGCAUUUGGCAUAACACCCAAAGCCAUGCUUCAGGACGUUGCAGGGAACAAGGACAAACUUCGCAUGGUCACUGGUCCAACAAGGACAGAGCUUCCGGCCCAGAAGAUUCGUAUAAGAGGUCCAUGGUUGAAGAUCCAUGGAAGCUUUUAAGCCCUGUAAUAUGGAGGACAACGACGAUCUCUUCAUAUACACCAGGAAGUUCAAAACCUCGGAUUUCGAACUCAGUAAGUGAUAAAAGGGAAGGACCAUCUGGCGCUGCUAUCAAAACCGGGUCUGAGCCAAGUCUUGCUGAGUACUUGGCUGCUGCUUUCAAUGAAGCUGCCAGAAAUGCAGAAAAUGUGUGAUGGCAGCUGGGAGGUUCACGAAGGUCCCGUUGUCAUAUUACUACAAUGGCAAAUGGAUGUUAAAUAUGUGAAAUUUUCACAGGGGAGGAUGUGUACCCGGCAAAUGAUGUUGCAUGUCAGAGGUCACAUGGGAGGUUUUAUGAAGGGUCUGUCAUGUUGUUACUAAGAAACGGGGUCCAGUCAGUGAAAAAAGCUUCAAAAGGUUUUGCAUGGAGUAAGUGCCAAGGAUUGCUGUUUGUGUUCAUGUGCUAUAUAUAUUCAUGUUCUAUACACCAAGCAUCUUGCUAAACUUAGGAAUGUGCUAUGGUUGCUGGCAAGUGCUGAACUUUUUCACAUUAAACUAAAUUAAUAGUUGAUCUACAAUUGGAUACCAUUGUUAUUGUAUACCAAUUAUCAAGCCUAUGGAUGAUUUGGAGAUGAAAUAUUUGCUAGUGACCGAA